AUGGGAGUGUGGCAGACUGCGGCGAAGGUGGCGCUGUGGCUGCCCGUGGGCGUGUCAGUGAACGCACUGGGCGUAAGUUGGGCGAGCGUGAAGGGCCGCUCAAUGCAGCCAGCGCUCAACGACGGGCUGACGCAGGACAAUGUGCGCGACCGUGUGUUGCUAGACAAAUUUUCGGUGCAUUUUCGAUAUCGAUAUCGACGCGGCGACGUGGUGGUGCUCGAGUCGCCUGAGGCGGCGGGCGAGUUUAUGAUCAAGAGGCUUACUGCGCUGGAAGGAGAUGUCGUCAUGGACCGCAGCGGAAACUACUGUACGGUGCCCGUGGGCAGGUGCUGGGUGGAGGGCGACAACCCCACCUUCAGUGUCGAUAGCAACUCGUUCGGCCCCGUCCCGCUCGCGCUUAUCGACUCGCGCGUCAUGGCCGUGGUGUGGCCGCCAAGCGAGAUGAAGAUAGUUCAGCCUAAGCUGUCGGACCGCGUCAACAACGUACCGGUAUGA